AUGACCGUCGUCACAGAGACGGGCUUCGACCUAAACUCCCCAGUGACUGAGGAUGAGGUUCUCGAAGUCCGCUCCGGCAAACUUCGCAGUUUCGAUGGCAUCAACGUCAUGACUGGCAUCUUCAAAACCACCCACGAUGGCUCCGUCACCGUCACAGAGAUGGGAAUACAAGGAGAUGAGCAUGACUAUACUUUUCACGGCGGCCCUGACAAAGCAAUUCAUGCCUACUGCAUGUCUCACUACCAGAACUGGAAAGCCGAGUUCCCAGAUGCGGCAGACCUCUUCGCCCCCGGCUCCUUUGGCGAGAACCUCGUUGUUUCCCGCAUGAACGAGCGCAACGUCUGCAUCGGAGACGUGGUCUCGCUCGGCCCCGAAGUGGUCCUCCAGGUCUCGCUGCCGCGCCAGCCCUGCUUCAAGCUGAACCACCGUUUCCGUCUCAAGAACUUUGCACCAAACACGUGGCGCCUCAGCCGCACCGGCUGGUACUACCGCGUCCUGCGACCUGGCAGCGUCCGGGCCGGUGAUGCGCUGAAGCUGGUGGAGAGGAAGCACCCGAGCUGGACCAUCGAGCGUAUCCAGGAGUAUCUCCACCGCAACCCGUCCGAUGCUGCCAUGAACAGAGAGCUGGCUGGCAUUCAGGAGUUCGGGAGCGAGGCUGCUACUGCUUUCCAGUCCCGCGUGGCCAAGCACGAGUCCAAAGAAAGAAAGGCGCGGAUGGCUGCAGAGGAGGAGAAGCAGUGGAAGGAAUUCCGCGUGGUUCGGAAGAGGCGGGAGACGGCUCGAAUCACCUCCCUCGAGCUGGAGGCGCUGCAACCCACGGACGAGGCAGAUCUCAAGCCCGGCGCGCACGUCAAGCUCAAGCUGGGGAACGGGCUCGUGCGCGCCUACUCGAUCGUGGGUGGGGACAGGAACCGGUUCGAGCUCGGCGUGGCGCUGGCAGAAAAGGGCAAGGGCGCCUCCAAGCACAUCCAUGAAAACGUCCACGAGGGGGACGUGCUGACGGUGGGACGGUUCACCAACGGAAUACCCAUGGUGAGCGCGGCGAGCAACCACGUCUUUGUCGCCGCCGGCGUCGGCAUAACGGCCUUCCUGCCCAUGAUUGAAGAAAUGGCCCGCAUCAACUACAGCGUGACCCUCCACUACGCUGUCCGCUCCGCAGAUGACAUUCCCUUCAGGGAGAGGAUCGAGAAGCUGGGCAAGGCCGUUGUGCUCUACGACAAGACAAAAGGCGAGAGGCUCAAUGUCGGGUUUAUCGUGCGCGACUUGACCUGGAACUCGCAGCUGUACUUUUGCGGCCCGAGCGGCAUGAUGGCCGAGGCGCUGCGCGAGACGCAAGCUGCGGGUAUCGAUGAGAAGGAGGUGCAUUUCGAAGCGUUCGAGGCUGAUUCGUCCGGAGAUCCGUUUGAGGCAACGGUGGCCAACAAGAACGGCGGCGUGACGCUCAAAGUCGGCCCGGAUGAGACGCUACUCGAGGUUAUGCAGAAGGAGUUUGGGAUCGAAGACGUCCCCUCCAGCUGCGAGGUUGGGAACUGCGGCACUUGCAAGUUGGCAUUGAAGGAAGGCCGCGUCGACCAUCGGGGGUCGGCGCUUACAAAGGACGAAAAGUUGACAUCUAUGCUCUCUUGUGUGAGUAGAGGGAUCGGCAAGAUUGUGGUAGAAAUAUGA